AUGCAAAGCCUGGAGGCAGCAUGUGAGGAGGGUGAACGUUCAAUAAAAAGGUUUAAAUCAAGUCGUUCCUCCUUACCUCUGCUACGCCCCCAGGAACCAUCAACGUCACCACUGACAUCACCCAAGAUCUUAGGGAACCCCCCUCCAAAACCUACCAUUGAUAUCUUCGCUAAACUAUUGGAAUUAUAUGAAGAAAGCGUUAGAGAGACUGAAAAUUCGGGAGGUGUGAAGUAUAAGUCUCUACUGUUAGAGAAACUCAUAGCGAGAGAAAGACUGAACACGCUAAUUCUAAACCUGUACCCCGGCAACAAAGGUUACUCCUUGGCUUUUAGAACGCUAUCUCGUACCGAUCCCAACUACACUGAAGAUACUGCCAACAUGAUAGAAACCAAACAGUGGCCUUACGAGGAGGACGACCUUCUUCGAUACAUUGACAAUGAAGAGCUUCCCCCUUUCAUCAUAGACUUACUAGAACCUCAGUUUAGUUACCUGUUCUACAACGGUUGCAUCAUCGCGGAAGUCAGGGACUACCGUCAGGCUUACCCUCAUUUUAAGUGUGAUAUUCAUCAUGUUCUACUCAGGCCUACACUUAAGAGUCUUUUGGCGGAUAUAAACAAUAUAGUAGAGGAGAAACCUGACUGGAGUAACGAAGAAAAGGACCAAUUGGAAAGUCAAAUAUUGAUGGCGAACGAACCUGCUUUAUGCCUAGACCCCGACAACUCCAUAUGCGAACAGGUGGCGGAAAUCAACAAUCGCAGGCACACGUGGAACACUCACAAGUUCAGACGGAUGGCUAGGAAGUUUUCGCAGGUGACGGUGAACCGCAAAAGGAAACUGGACCAGUUCACCCACCGCCCGGGCCUGGAACUGUACGAUUUCAUCUGCCAGUCCAGAGCGAAAUCGAAGAUGGGACCGUCGCAGAACUUACCCUCGAAAUAUCCGAAGAAGACUCAAGAAGACCUGAAACCGGUGCCGGUACCGAACCUAGACUCGCCCCUGCUGAGUCCCCCGUCCCAGGGGGUCGUCAUAAGGGAAUUCAAGAGCUACAAGAGCCCGAAGGAGACGAGCGACUGUUCCCCGCAGUUCAUAGAGGAGUACGUGCUGGAAACGGACAUGCCCUCGAAGGAGAAGGGGAAGUCGCGCAUAUACCAUAUCAAAUUGUCGAUAUUCCAGAGACCGUCGAAUUCCGAGUACCUCGGAGAAUUAUAUCUGGACAGGGACCAUAAAAAGGACGAACAGAAUGGUGUGGCGUGCAGAUUUUCUCUGGGAUCUCGCGCCAAUGCCAAUCGGUACAUACAUCAGUUCACUGAGAUUUUCACGGAGAGCGGCAGGAAGUCCGUGAGGAUACGUUACGGGCUGAGCCCGGGAUAUAUAGAGCAGGUGGCCAUCGCCCAGGCGCAGGCGCAAAAAGUACAAACGCAGGCAACUACCCAGGCGAACCUAGCGCAGCAACAUUUGAACCAGCUGAGUCAUUCCUUACAGAGUCAGGGUUGCAGCACGCCCGUCGUUAACGGAAGCAACGGGGCGAGCGUGAGCCCACAGAGCCAGGCCGUUCAGAACGCGACUGCUGUUCCUAUUCUGCAGACCCAUCUGCAAGGAGCCGCACAGGUUAAAGCUACUUCGCAGACGAUUUCAAAUCAAGAAUUAGCAAUAAACGCCUUGGCUACGAAGCUGAUGAACUCUGCGCAGCAAUUUCAAGCGGCCGCUAACGCGAAGCAGCAGCAGCAACAGCAGCAGCAGAAGUUGGUCAGCAGUAACGCUGCUAUAAUAAACCUGUUGAAUAGUUCUCCCGCGAGUAACAUGAACAACGACGCUAGUGCGGCAGUGGUGAACGCUAUCAACAGCUCGUCCCUGUUGCCGCAUCAGAUUCAAACUAUCAAUCAAAAGAUUCUGGCUCGUAAAAUGACGAUUCCGAGUGUAGCUAACGCGCGAGUGCUAAACCACAGUAACCUGAUCACGUUGAACAACAACCGGAUGAAUCUGCAAGAACUGAACACCCAACUGAGUCAGCAGCAACCUCAGACUAUAACCCUGACGUCGGUGAAUAGUGGAAAUUACACAAACUUCACUACCGUUCCGAUUAAACAGCACCAAAGGAUUUUAAGUAAUAGUUCUAGUGAUAGCACCAAAUCGGCAGUGUUGUCUGCCUUACUGGUGGGUACGCCCGCCGCGGACAGACCCGACAUCGUAGGGGCCAACACGAACUCUUUACUCACAGAGAAAUUAGGCGGCGCUUCCAGCAGCACCGCCCAAAGCACCACGCAUUUCAUCCAGAACCCUAAAAGCGGUCAGUCCUUCAUGGUGCAAUCGCCCAAGGCCAACACAGUGCUUAGUCCAAUGUCCAGUCCUCCGCCUCAAAACGCCAAUACCAUUAAUGUUCAAAGUCUCAAUUUUGCUCAGUUGCAAAGCAUCCAAGGCUUGCCGAACCUGCAAGUGCAGCUGCCGGGUUUCGCGCAGCCCAUCUCCCUGAACGUCUCCACCACGGGAAAUAUUCAGGGGCAUCCGACGAGUCUCAUUGUGACGCUUCCAGUUACUACAGCUACGCAGACUUCGAAUACCAUCACGCAGGCCGCCGUCAACACUACCGUGGCCGGGGUCAACAAUUUGGGUGUGGGGGCGCAAACCGUCGUUCUGGCCAACGCGGGUACUUCAAAUUUAGCUCAAUUAGUGACCUCCGGUGUGAAAGCGUUACCCCAACAAGGUAUUAGGACGUCUACUUCUGUUCCCCAAACGGUGUCGAUAGCUCAGGGGGGCCAACCGUUUCAGUUGAUCACUCCCCUGCAAAGGUCGAGGACACAACAAACUUCGGGCACCCAACAAACUCUGGCUUCCAGGACCCUCCAAAGAACACCGAUAACGAUUAAGAUGGCUGCUCCCAACGCAAAUGUGUCGCAAGUUUCGCUGCCCUCGAGCUCCGCAAUAGCAAGCCAACUGCAGAAACAAGCCCAGCUGCAACACUAUCAGCAAAUCUGCUUAAACCAACCUAGCAUUUUGGGGAAAAUUAGGAGGAGGUCGAACGCGUCCGAGCCGCAGUAAUAGUAGUAAUCUAUUUUUUUAUUUUGUACAUUACAUUAUGAACUAGUCUCAUUUCUGUAUAAUUUUUUUUCCGGAAUACUUCAAAUGCAAAGUACUUCACUAACACAAAACUGCCACGCAUUGAAGUGUUUUCGUAUGUGGACAUCAAAUUUCGAGACAAAAUGCUUAAGAGGGCACAAGGCGCUAUUCCAGUGCUGACUAUCGGGGUCUCAUAAGUAAAAACAAUUGGCCAAAAUGACGGGAACACAGUCUAAGAGGGCUCUAUAGCAAAUGGGCAACUAGCGAUACAUUUUUAUAGAU